AAGGGCUCCUAGACCACUCACCUCGACGUGUAAGUCGAAUUAAACGUGCCAAAAAUUCGACCCAAACCAUCGAAAUUCCAAAACAACCCAUUUUUUAUUCCGUCCAGAGAGAUAGAGAGAGAGAGAGACUGUGUAUGUGCUGACUACAGAUUGUGUUCUGUUAUUAUCAAUACAGCGCGACUUUGUACGGCGACCAACAAUCGCAAUCGAGUAUUUUGGAAUAAGAAAAACAAACAACGGAGUGUUAGAUGUGAAUCGAGAAUUGAGGCAUGUUGAGGCUUUGGAAAUGGUACCAGAAUUGUUUGGCCACGCAUCCGGUGAAGACACAGGUUAUUAGCUCCGCUUUCAUUUGGGGAUUUGGAGACAUUGCAGCUCAGGCCGUCACCCAUUCCACUGCCAAAACCAGCCAUCUGCACAACCAUAUCGUCCAGGAUGAAGAUAAAGAACUUCAAAUCAAUUGGAAGCGUGUUGCAACCACGAGUUUGUUUGGCCUGGGAUUUGUUGGUCCGGUUGGGCACUUCUGGUAUGAAGGUCUGGACCGAUUCAUUAGGUCACGGCUAAAAUUCCGGCCAAAUUCCUUCCGUUUUGUCGGCACAAAAGUUGCGGCAGACGGCAUAAUCUUUGGGCCGCUUGAUUUACUCGUUUUCUUCACUUACAUGGGGUUCUCGACCGGAAAAACCACCGCCCAAGUCAAAGAAGAUGUGAAGAGAGAUUUUUUACCUGCCCUGGUUUUGGAGGGAGGUGUUUGGCCAAUAGUUCAGGUGGCCAAUUUCCGAUUUGUUCCUGUUCGGUAUCAGCUUCUUUAUGUCAACUUGUUUUGUUUAUUGGACAGCUGUUUUCUCUCAUGGCUCGAGCAGCAGGAGGAUGCUGCUUGGAAGCUGUGGUUCAAGUCGUUAGUAUCAUUGGAGAAAAAAGAAGAUAAAGACCCAACGAUGUACAACGGAAUAAGUUUGCAGACCCAUCGGAGCUCCAGCACCAGCGGCCACGUUCAGGAUAAUGUCUUCACCGUGAAGGCGAGGACAAAUAGAGUCGUCACCAAUCCGAGCAAGGAUUUCAAAUCGGGCCAAGGGGCCGCGGGCGCCCAACAGGGAGAUACUGGAGGACGAACGCAAGAAGCAUAUAUAUCGAAACUUUUGAUUAUAAUCUUGUUUCAAACUCUCGCCCACAUUGAGAAUGUCGAGAGCUUUGAGACACCCGAGUCGAUUUUCACUGACAUGAUCACUUUGUACGGCGAUGUUCGUAUGUUUGAUGAUGUUGUUGAGCUCUUUUAUUUACAACUGCAGAGCACUUGUGUCGCCGCUAACUGGGGUGCUGGCUCGCGGGUGAUGGGACUCGGCGACAAGCGUGCUUGUUGUGCAGUAUAUCUCGUCGACGUCGCACAUGCAGGCAGAGGACAGGAUCCUGAGUCGGAGCCCGAUUGUGAAAAUGAGGAGAUGGAGGAUUUGGAAGCUCUACCAAUGGAUGUGACACGGUUAGGGUUUUUGUUAAGGCGGAGAGGGAAGCGGAGUCAUUUCACGUCCUUCAAGUACAAUGGUCUUCAUUAUCAACUAAGCUCCGUUGAGUCGGAGUUGCGAAUCCAAAACGAAUUUAAGAAGUGGAUUGUUAAACACGGACGCGUGUAUAAAGACGAGGCAGAAAAGGCAAUGUGA